UCGUGCUUAGGCGAUGAAAAGCAAGGGAUGUUCCAUCAACAGCGAUCAUGCGUCGGCUAGAGAUGGCUAACUAAUUAAUAGAAAAAUGCGAAGGUUCUAGCAUGAACACAUCUGCUACGUCCGUAUCCCGAGGCGUAGCGUCAUCAGGUCGAGCUAUGUAAAAGGGUAAAAAGGACACCUCCAACACAAGGGAAACCAUGAAAGGAUGAGCAUUGAUGCAAUCGCAGUAGAUCCCCGAGAGCUCACUUAGAACCUCCUUAUAUAUCAGCUAUUAUUGGUAGGCCUCAAUAUGAGCUUACUUGGCUGGCUAGAUCCUGCUGCUUGUCGAUCCCACCUCGUUUCGUCCUUCAGCUUUCCUUGAUUGUCGACUAACAAAUUCGCCAGGCGCGAUGCCCACGCUCUUUACCGUCUUGACGAUUCUCAACUCCCUUUUGGCCUUGGGAGUCGAGGCAUAUGAAGUUUUAUAUGAACUUCAGGGGGCCACUGGGACUGUAUACUAUGACUAUGGUUGGGAAAAUACUGGGGACCAAUGCGCAGCUCGUUUUGGUGCUGGUUGGGCUUCAGACCAGACAGCUUACCCAGGCUGUGAACAAAAUGGGCCCACGCAGACAGACUUGAAGACAAAUAGGAUAGUUGCCAUGAACCAAUCAUGGAUGGAGGGCGACAAGAGUGCAUGGUGUGGUAAAGAAGUUAAGGUAUUCAAGGAGGAUGGAACUGAGCUUGUUUACGAUGAGCCGCUCGUCCUCUGGGACACCUGUGCGGAAUGCGCCAUUCAUGUGAAGAUUGACUUCGGUGUUGGUCCUUACGUUUUACUGGACUCGGAGGACUGCGGCACUACGGCCAUGAACCCAACUGGGCUCACCGUCCAGGUCGUCGACAACCAAAUUUGGGCGCCUGCUCCGGGGUCUGAUUCUUACUCCCCAACAUCUGCGUCCACACUGUAUACAGGAGGGCUGUACAAUUUCCCUAGCUCUGGCACAUUGUCCAAACCUUGGGGUGCUACUAUCAGUGGAGACGCAGCGGGAGAUCCAGUAGUAAUUGCAACAGCCGAUAGUCAAGGAGUCGCUCCCACUGGAGGGGAUAUUGAAGAUGUUAGUGUCACAGCGACCGCUACAGGGCUUGCGAAAUCAGCAACAGGAGCAGCUACCAGUGCUGGGAUGUCAAGCGCGAAAAUUACUUCUCAGCCAGAGGCUACAUCUGAUCUUUCCACGUCUUCUACCCCAAUAACGUCAGCUUGGUUUGCGUCAGACGAAGUUUCCGUUACUGCCAUCAUCACAUCCGCCGCCGCUGCUGUUCUGUCCGUCACUUCUGCUGCUCUUGACCAGACUUCGGAUGUUGUUGCUUUGCAAAGCGUGUCGUCCACCGAAACGAUCACUUGUACGGAUAACGAAGGUACCGGAUACAAUGCGGGGGAUCAUAUAUGUGAAGGUAACCAGCUAAUGAUUUGUGCCAACACUCAAUCAGGAUCGAGCGCCGUCAACUGGGUGGUCCAGAAUACAUGUCUCAGUCGAUGUUUAGUUUGCGAUACUACUAUUGUCUGCAAUUGACAGUAACAUCAUUUAACGGAAAUACUAUAUAUUGCAUAAAACAGAUGAACUUCGAAAUGCGCAUACUUUUGUCAGCUGUGCUCUCUGAAUACUUUUACUUGGUACUAGCCUGUAAAACAUGCUCAUAUGGAUGUCUGGGUGCCAGGCUAACCAUGACUCCUUGAGGGUCAAUAGCCUACCUUUGUAUAUAAUAGCCCUUUCAUCGCAAGGGUCAAAAGAACAUAUGAUAUGCUCAAACGCGGAGCAAAUAGCAAAGGAUCCAAAACGCAAGGGAUUAGAUGAAUU